AUGUUGAAUUUAUCCAAACUUGAGUUUGUGGCAUUAGAUAUUUCUGGAAAGAAUUAUCUUUCAUGGAUACUCGAUGCUGAGAUUCACUUAGCUGCUAAAGGUCUUGAUGCCACCAUUACUGAGGGAAAUGAAGCAUCAAGCCAAGAUAAGACGAAGGAUAUGAUUUUCCUUCGUCAUCAUCUUGAUGAGGGCCUGAAGAUUGAAUAUCUGACAGUAAAAGAACCACUUGAAUUGUGGACUGAUUUAAAGGGGAGAUAUGACCACCUAAAGGCAACAGUGUUGCCAAGAGCUCGUUAUAAGUGGAUGCAUUUAUUGUUUCAAGAUUUUAAGACCGUAAUUGAAAACAACUCUGUUGUAUUCAGGAUAACAUCCUAA